AUUUUUAUGGGUAAUUUAUCCCGACUUUACCCUACUUUUUAAAACCAUGGUAUGGGAUAGGCUGGUCUCCCAAUAUUUCCUUAACCGAAGGGAGGAAAACCCUAAUUUUGUCUCUCCCAAGAGACGAAAGGAAGGGAAAAAUGGUGUUUUACUUCAAAGCCCGGCCAGAAGCUGGCGAUUACAACAUUUUCAUGGGUCUUGACAAGUACGAGAACGAGGAGCUCAUCAAAUAUGGCUUCAUCGAAGAUAUCUGGUUCCAUGUGGAUAAGAUGUCUUCUGCCCAUGUUUAUUUAAGACUUAAAAAGGGUCAAACCAUUGAUGAUAUAAGCGAAGGUGUUCUCGAAGAUUGUGCUCAGCUUGUUAAAGCUAAUUCCAUCCAAGGCAACAAGGUGAAUAAUAUUGAUGUUGUUUACACUCCAUGGUCCAAUUUGAAGAAAACUCCUUCAAUGGAUGUUGGCCAAGUUGGCUUUCACAAUUCCAAGAUGGUUCGGACUGUGAGAGUGGAGAAGCGGAUAAAUGAGAUAGUUAACAGGUUGAACAAGACUAAAGUGGAAAGGAAACCUGAUUUGAAAGCUGAGAAAGAAGCAGUUUAUGCAGCGGAAAAAGCCGAGAGAAAGCAACAGUUGAGGGAAAAAAAACGCCGAGAGGAGAUGCAAAGGCUUGAGAAGGAAAGACAAGCAGAAAUAAGAAGCUACAAGGGUCUGAUGGUCUCUGAAAAGAUGACAUCAAACAAACAAAUUGCAGCGACGAGCAAGUCUUUCCAGGAAGUAGAAGAGGAUUUUAUGUGAAAUAUACUGGUAUUUCAUCGCUAAUUACGAUUCUUCUAGCUGCCAGAAACUUGCUGUCCGUCAAAGAAGGGUGGUUUCUUUUUACUUCUUUUUCAUUGCAAGCUUAAGUUAUUUGCCUCGAUUAAGUCGGCUCACUUAGGAUUUUUACCUCCAUGGGUGAGAUGAACUUCUGCUAUAGGUGCCAUAGAUUCUAUGAAACACGAUUCAGAUUUCCAUUGUUGAUUAAGGUGUUAUUUCUCUUUCAAUUUAUAUUUAUUCUGAUUCCAAAUGUGCAAAUGAUCAUGCCGUAUGGUAGGAUGGUUUUUAUGGUAUUGCAGUUGAGUGCGUGUUCAAGAAAAA